AUGCAAAGCACUAUUAGGAAUAUAUUUUCUAACAGCAGACCCAAACGCAUACGAAUAAUACCGCAAGUGGAGGAUUUUUGGAGCCCAGGACUACAAACCCUUGAAGGCCACUCGCAUUGGGUUUCGUCUGUGGCCUUCUCCCAUGACAGCCAGAUGCUAGCCUCAGGCUCCUAUGACAAAACCAUCAAGCUCUGGGAUAUCAAGACCGGCUCUGAGCUGCAGACGCUCAAGGGCCAUUUAUAUUGGGUUUUGUCAGUGGCCUUCUCCCAUGACAGCCAGAUGCUAGCCUCAGGCUCCCAUGACAAAACCAUCAAGCUCUGGGAUAUCAAGACCGGCUCUGAGCUGCAGACGCUCAAGGGCCAUUCACAUGACGUUCUGUCUGUGGCCUUCUCCCAUGACAGCCAGAUGCUAGCUUCAGGCUCCAAAGACAAAACCAUCAGGCUCUGGGAUGCCAAGAUCGGCUCUGAGCUACAGACGCUCAAGGGCCACUCGCAUUGGGUUUUGUCAGUGGCCUUCUCCCAUGACAGCCAGAUGCUAGCUUCAGGCUCCUAUGACAAAACCAUCAAGCUCUGGGAUAUCAAGACCGGCUCUGAGCUGCAGACGCUCAAGGGCCAUUCACAUGACGUUCUGUCUGUGGCCUUCUCCCAUGACAGCCAGAUGCUAGCCUCAGGCUCCGAGGACAAAACCAUCAAGCUCUGGGAUACCAAGACCGGCUCUGAGGUGCAGACGCUCAAGGGCCAUUCACGUGAAGUUCUGUCUGUGGCCUUCUCCCAUGACAGCCAGUUGCUAGCCUCAGGCUCCGAGGACAACAACAUCAAGCUCUGGGAUGCCAAGACCGGCUCUGAGCUACAGACACUCAAGGGCCAUCCAAAUUGGGUUCUGUCAGUGACUUUCUCCCAUGACAGCCAGAUGCUAGCCUCAGGCUCCCAUGACAAAACCAUCAGGCUCUGGGAUGCCAAGAUCGGCUCUGAGGUGCAGACGCUCAAGGGCCAUUCACGUGACGUUCUGUCUGUGGCCUUCUCCCAUGACAGCCAGUUGCUAGCCUCAGGCUCCCAUGACAACACCAUCAAGCUCUGGGAUGCCAAGACCGGCUAUGAGCUGCAGACGCUCAAGGGCCAUUCACGUGACGUUCUGUCUGUGGCCUUCUCCCAUGACAGCCGGAUGCUAGCCUCAGGCUCCUAUGACAAAACCAUCAAGCUCUGGGAUAUCAAGACCGGCUCUGAGCUACAGACGCUCAAGGGCCAUUUAUAUUGGGUUUUGUCAGUGGCCUUCUCCCAUGACAGCCAGAUGCUAGCCUCAGGCUCCCAUGACAAAACCAUCAAGCUCUGGGAUAUCAAGACCGGCUCUGAGCUGCAGACGCUCAAGGGCCAUUCACAUGACGUUCUGUCUGUGGCCUUCUCCCAUGACAGCCAGAUGCUAGCUUCAGGCUCCUAUGACAAAACCAUCAGGCUCUGGGAUGCCAAGACCGGCUCUGAGCUGCAGACGCUCAAGGGCCAUUCACAUGACGUUCUGUCUGUGGCCUUCUCCCAUGACAGCCAGAUACUAGCCUCAGGCUCCGAGGACAACACCAUCAAGCUCUGGGAUGCCAAGACCGGCUCUGAGAUACAGACGCUCAAGGGCCAUCCAGAUUGGGCUCAGUCACUGGCUUUCUGCCAUCUUCAUGCUGAAAAAGGUCAUGAUAAGUAUAACUAUAUUUCACAUAAUUUGAAAUUUCAAGUAUCUGUUUCAAAUAAUUGGGUAAUGCUGGCUGGUGAAAAUAUACUGUGGCUCCCUCCCGAGCAUCGUCAAUUCACAGCUUCCGCUGUCAAGCAAGCCACCCUUGCUCUUGGGUACGGUGAUGGAAGGGUUUUGAUUAUAGGGUUUCAUCUAAGCAACUGA